AUGACGCUGCGCUUAGUCAGCAUAUUAUCGGCGGCAUUACUACUCCUAUGGCCCGCACAGCUGGAUGCAUUUAUCACACCGAAUACAGGCUGCCAUCACAAUGGCACCUGGUUCGCGGACAAGUCGGUGGUGCCCAGCAUGGAGAAGUGUCUGAACUGCCAAUGUAACCGCCGGACUCUAGUGUGUCGCCUGAAAGUGUGUCCCGAAAUGCCCAUGCCACCGCCCAGGGGCUGUGUGGUGGUGCAGAAGAAGAGCUCCUGCUGUCCGUAUCUUUCCUGCGCUAGAUUGGAUGCGUUCUACAAGAUACCCACGAAGCGCCGCAUCAUCGCGUAUCUGGAUCACUACGAAAGGGAGUCCAUCGACCGGGUGGUCAACGAUAAUAUGCUGCAAAGACGAUCAGAUGAUUCCGACACGGAUAUGUUUGUUUGUGUGAAAAAUGGCACUGUCUACAAGUCGGGAUCUGCCAUGUCAUCUUCAAACUUGUGCAGCUACUGCUACUGCAUAGGUGGCACCGAGAAGUGUGUGAAGCCCAAGUGCAUGCUGCCCGUGGAGGGUUGCAAACCCAUUUUUGUGGACUCCACCUGCUGUCCCGUGCGAUACGAUUGCAGUAGCAAGACGUCGGGGAAAUCCUCGCAAGAGGUGCGCUACAGGAAGACCUCGAACAAGCACUUUCUGCGCAUGUCACAGCGCCUGCAGCGCAAUCGAGGCUGCACUGUGGGUGCCCAGUUCUACGCAGAGGGUCAGAAGAUGCGAUCGGAUGCGGACAAGCCCUGCGACAUAUGCUUCUGUAUCCGGGGAACGAGGAGAUGUGCUCCCAAGAAGUGCUCGCCGGCGCUGAAGAACUGCAUUCCGGUGGUGCCGAAGGGUCAGUGCUGUCCGUCGAGUUACGACUGUGGCAGUCAGCGGGAUUAUCGCAGAUCGCACAACUCCAGGCAGUUCAAUCUGUAUAACAUGCUGUUUGGCAAGGAGGAACCGGAGCAACCGGAGACAGCUAUAAUGCCCCAGAACUCCAUGGCCGAGAGGUAUCCACACGAUCGCCAUCCCACGAGAGCUCCGCUGGGAAAUCCCCUGGAGGUCAGCAGUGAAAAGAGCAUUAUGGACACACUUCGCGAAGGCCUGGAGUUCAUAGACGGCAAUAACAACAAAAUGCUGGCCAAUAACUUGGACCUUGUGGGCAUGAGAACCACCCAGGAACCGCCUUUGAUGAGAACGGAAUCCAGUGAGGGAGUGAGCUCCACGACAUUAAGUUUUCUGGAUUUGCUCCUGGGUCCCAAUACGGAAACCACGAGCCACGAGGAAAUAAGGCAACCGGAAUCCACUACGUCCAAGAACACGCUCUCCUGGAUGGAUAUACUCUUGGGACCGGAUGAGGAGGAGCUUGGCCCCAAAACAGAAGCCUAUUUGGAGACUAGUACCACUCUAAAUCAACCCGAUGGCUUCAGUCCCUCAACGAACAGCAUAAAACGCAUUGCAGAGGACUUUGACGAGCAAUUGGACAAUGGCGAAAUGGCUGUGGGUGAACUGCCGGCGGAGGCCCAGCAAAUUGGUAUCGCGAAUGCUGGAAUUUGGCCAACACCAUCCACAGAAGUAAUGCCUCCUCCGAAAGAGGAACCAAGUCUGUUCAAUGUCUUGAUCGAUGGCUUGUCUGGCAUACUCGAAGAACCACUCAAUCAAACCUCCAGCUCCACAAGCACAACAACUACCACUGAGAAGCCAACCACGCUGCAUGCACCACCCAUGUUUCGACCAUUGCCAAGUGGCAAGCCCGUUCACACGCGAAUCAACUCCAAGCUGGCAAAUCUCACAGUGACACCGCCCAUGUUGGUGGUGACUAGCAAAUAUGGUCAACCGGUGACCCACCGGACGGUGAACAAGAGGGUCAAUGCAACCACAAGUUCUACAAUAGCCAAAAGCACAGAAAGACCCAGUGCAAGCACCACCCAGCAGGCCACAGUGGAUACCACCACAGUUAAGACCACAGCGAAGCCACAAAGUACUACGGUGAAACCCAAGCCGAAGACUACUAGAAAAAGCACUACUACCCCAAAACCUACAACUCCGAAGCCUACUACCCCAAAACCUACUACUCCUAAACCAACGGCGCCAAAACCUUCAACAACAAAGCCCACUACAUCAAAGCCUACUACUUCUGUGAAACCCGCAACUCCACCGAAAUCCACAACUCAAAGACCCACAACUCCGAUACCUUCCACUUCGAAACCCACAACUUCAACAACAAGCAGCACCAGUACCACAACGAAAGCCACCAUUCGAGCCACCAGCAAGCCAAAAUUCAAGCCAAAACCCAAGCCCUAUGUUACCAGUACUCCGAAACCGCUGGUGAUCGAAACUAAUCCGAGUAUCCUGGAGGCUGAGCCCCUGGACACCAAUGGUGAGCCCACACUGCCUCCCAGUCUGCCCAACCUGAAGAUCAUACCAUUCCUCCCAACCGAUGCUGUGGACACGGUUCCCAAGGAGCCGUAUCCCGCCAACUUCUAUCAGCAGAAGGUGGCUUCGGACAAGAUGGAUGUGGUUGGCUAUGAUACCAUGGAUGACACGGUGGCUCUGUACUCGCAAUCCCAGCCGGAUCAGGCUGCCUACAAGUACAAGUUCAACGUGGAAGUGCCAGCCGUGGAGGCUGCGCCAGAACCAGUGGUUCAUGUGGGUGGGAAAUACGAAGGAAGUGCGGCCUACGUCAACUUCGACUUCGAAAGUCCUGUGGUGCCACCUCCGCACAAUGGAUUCUCACCGCCCACCGAAACGGAGGGCGGAUUCAUGCCCAAGGAACCGCUGGUUAUCGACGGCGAAGUCCUUCAGGAGCACGUCACCUCGAGUGGAAUCAGCCAAGGCCCCGUUGAUAACUUCCAUGUGACACAGCACAUUAUCGACAUCACAACCGCGGGGGCCCAGGAAAAUGAUACUGCUUCCAUAGAAAUCACCACACCCGACCCCUUCAAAAAUGUCAUACACACAGAGCCGUCGCCCAAUCUCGAUGAACUAAUCGUCGACAAGGCGCACAAAAAGCCGAUUGAAGAGCAUAUUGAGACCGUCACUUUCAGCGUUAGCAACUCAACAGCCUCCUCCAUAUCGUCAUCUGCAACCAGCACCACCAGCACUUCCACAACAAAAACAACAACGGAAAAGGAAGCCCCCUUGAUAGAUAAAUAUGAAAUCAAUAAAUUGGAUAAGCUCUUGGACGAGCUGCUCGGUAUGGAGUUGUCCAAAGAGGAUACGGCGAGCAGCACAGUGCCUGCAUUUAAGCAACUGCCAACGGCAACGCCAACGAUGGCAAAAUCAACAGCAGCCACAGCAACUGCAACAGCAGCAACAGCAACUGCAACUGCAUCAAGCACGGCAGCAACAUCAACCACAGGUCGGCCAACAGCGACGACACGUGCCCCGGCCAAAAAGGGAAACGGCAAAACGAAAAACAAACAGGCCACAGGCAAUAGACGCAAAGUCCAGAGUGGCACGCGACGCCAAAGUACACCAGCAAGCACUCGCUUGCCAGCAGCGACAUCCUCGACAUCAGCGACAGCAGAGGCAUCAGCGGCAUCAACUGCGUCAACAACCGCGGGGCAGGCCACAACAACGGGGAGCACUCUGCAUCCAUUUUUAAACUCACCGUUCGACAAAUUACCCUUCAUGGAUACCAGCUAUGAGGUAAGACCGCACAGAUUGCAACCGCAGCAGCAGCAGCAUCAGCAGCAUCAGCAGCAUGAGCAGCAGCAACAUGAGCAGCCACCGCAGCAGCAAUUCCACCAUUACCAACAUGCAACACGACCGCCGACAGCAGCCCCACCAGCGCCACCAUCAUCCCCGGAGGAUGUGCGCCAGGAUUCAGGUUCUGGUUCUGGUUCCGUUUCGAGGGAGCGGACGAGUGGAGGCGCAGUGGGUGGAUUGCCGGGUGGCGAUGAUCCGCUUGGUCAGCUGAAACUGGCGGGCUGCAACAUCUACGGACGCAUGUAUCGGGUGGGUCGCAUCAUCGUGGAGCUGUCCAGCCAGUGCCUGGAAUGCAAGUGCACCGAGGUGGGCGUCAAGUGCGGCCCAUUAGACUGUUAA